AUGCAUUUACAUCUUUAUCUGGGUGAGUGUAUUAACAAUUUCGGCCCAAUUUAUGCUUUUGGGUUGUUCAGCUUUGAAAUAUAUAAUACAUUGUUUAAGAAUCUUGACAUAAAUCAAAAGCGUGGAUUCGAAAUAACUAUGAUGAAACGAUUCUUGAAAAAGAUAUACGCUGGCAACUACAUUCAAUCUUUUGAAGAGAAAUUUUCUGCAAGCACAGUUAAUUUUCUAUAUAGUAUCACUCGCAGUCAAUUAUGGGAUGUAAACCUUUGCCAUCAGAUAUGCUGUCAUUCAAGGUUAAGCUGCAAAUUGUCAUCUGCAAAUAGCAUUACAAGUGUUUAUAUCAAUAUUGUAAGGACAUGUACAACAGUCACAAUAUUUUUUGUCAUUACACAGAUUGCUGUGCUGUCAAGCAGAUAUCCCUUGUUAAUCAACAGUAUUUUUCUGGUUCUCACUUUCAAGUCCUUUUUGAUGAAAAGAAAAACUUAUCAGAAAACAUUCAAUCACUGA